AUGGAGGAUGCGGAGAGGAUGAAAAAGGCGUUAGAGGAUAUUUUGUAUAAUGAGAAUUAUAAGAAGAAUGCGUUGAAGCUAGCGGAUAUUUUGACGAAUCAACCGUAUAGUCCGAAGGAGAAUGUGAUCAAGUAUACCGAGUUUGUCGGCGAACACGGCCCCUUCCCUGAUACGAAUCCCUACGGACGUCGUCUCAACUAUUUCCAGAAGACUUUUUUGGAUAUUUAUGCAACUUUUGCAUUAUUUUAUAUUACUGUAGCAGUGGCUUCAGUGAUAAUUCUAAGGAAAAUUUAUUCAAAAGUUAGAAAAUAUUUAUCGUGGAAAUCAACGAAGAAGACGGAAUAA